AUGCCUUCUCGCGCUGAGGAAAUGAGCAAACUCAUGCACGUUGUUGCAACAGCCCUUUAUGGGCGCAAUGGUGGUGGCCCACCAGACGACGACAAGAAAGGUGGCCCUAGUUUGUUUCUUGCUUUUUCCCUCUGCCUCAUCUUUCCUAAAACACGUGCAAGGGGGGCGAAGCUCUUCCUCGGAGAGCUUCGGGCGGCAUUCGCCCGUGCUGGCCUCCCUCCAGUUACUUCGACUAAUCUUGUUGAUCCUCGUCCUUCUUCUGGUCCUGCCACUACCUUCUCUUCUAGCCCUGCUAUUAUCUCUUCUAGUCCUGCUACUACCGAUAAUGUGGUAAUGGAUAAUGGAUCUCAGGUAGUCACUUUACAAGAAGAGUCUAGUUUGGUGAUCCGAAGCAAGGGACAAUAA